AUGACCGAUGUGCAAAUGCAAAAUCAAACUAGUAGCUUGAAUACUAGUAAAAAAGAUUAUGAGAAUAGAUAUGAUGAUAAGGCGCCUAGAACUUUAUGCGUAAAAAACAUAUCAAAAGAGACAAAAGAAAGCGAACUGUUGGACUUAUUUAAGAAAUUUGGUUCUAUAGAAAGCAUAAAUCUUAAAGUAAAUAAAAAUAUUGGACCUUAUGCUAUAUACGCUCACGUUCUUUUUAGCGCUCCGGAGGAGGCUAAAAGAUGUCUAAAGCAAAUGAAUGGGAAAAUUUUAAAUGGAAGAGCUUUAAGAAUUGACUUUAAAAGAAAUAACAACAAAAUAGUGGAUGAUAAUGAUGAUGAUGGAAAUAGCAAUGUGAACAACUACCAGUACAUGAACAGCAAUAAUAAUAGCGGUAACAACAAUGGAAGCAUAAAAAGUAAUGUAAACUAUGCAAAUGUUGCCAUGAGCAACAAUAAAUUCCAUCGGAAAAUAAAUAGGAACAAUCAUUUCUACAACCAUCGAUACUCCAACAAUAAUAAGCGCAUGGCGAGGAAUGACGGUACUCUAAAUGAGGACAAUAUUAAUCCAUACGACUCGGAGACAAUUAAAUUUCGAGAACAUGAACAGGUAAAUAAACGAUUACGCACAGGUGGUAACAGUAUCAUUGAAAAUAUGAAAAUAAGCAAUCAGAACAAUUUAAACAGCCAAACAAAUUUACAUAGACAAACAAAUUUAAAUAGAAAAGAUGUAGAUAUUAAUAAAUUAAUAAAAACGUACGAUGAAAAUAAGAUUUUAAGUAAACCAAACAAUGAUGUUAAAAAUAACCAAGUAGAAGAAAUUUUACAAUUUUUAAUUAAAGAUGCUAUGAACAACCCCCCAAGAAUAAAAUUAUAUUUAUGUGAUCAUUUGAGGAAAUGCGCCCAGCAUGUUUUUAAUAGACCAUCUAUAAAUUUGAACAUAGCAAAUAGUAAUGUGAAGAAUAACAUCGGGUCAAAUAAUGAAUCCAAUGGAAUUAGCAAUACAAAUAGAAUUAUUGGUAAUCCCACUGCCCAGUUACAUAUGUCUGAACAAAGUAAUAUGUUGAUCGGCUUAAAACAACACAUGAUUAAUAAUGAAUUAUCGAACAAGAAAAAAAUGGUGACUCAAGGGAAUGAUAAUCUGUUAAAUGUUAUGUAUAAUGGAGGAUUAGCAAAAAGUGGAAAUAAUAUCCUUAACAUGGACUUGAACAAACCAACUAAUUUGAAAUACUCCCCGUGGAAAGGUAUCCUAGAAAUGAGAAAUAAAGAAAAUUUAAAUAUUAUCGGUUAUGAAUUAAAUGGGGAAACGAAUAAAUUUUUAAAUAAUAAUAUUACCAACAUAAUUAUAAGUCAUAGGAAAAAAAUGAAAAACAUACCCAAAAUAGCAACCACUUACUAUUUCCAAAUAGAGAAUAAGGAGGAUAAAAGUAUUUUAGAUUCAUAUAAAAACUAUUUUAAUAGUAAAGAUAGAGUUGGGUUAUCCUCAAUGAGUGAAGAUUGGCACAUGUAUCUUAUUUUUCCAGGUAGCCCUAUAUUUAACGAAUUUUAUAACACUAUUAGCGAUAUGAAGAAUUUAAUUGGAUCAAACAGUUUGAACUCUUUAAAUAAUAUCUUUAUUGGAAUUGUGUGCUAUAACCCUCAAAUUUCCGAAAGAAAAAAUGUGGGAGCACCGUUAAGGACACAAAAUCCAGAUACUACUACCGUCCACACUUUUAAUCAAUCCAACAUAAUAAAUGUUAACCAAACCGGUAUGACUAGCAACAUACCAAAUAUGAAGAAUCAACAUAAAAGUAAUUUUACCAAUGCAACAAAUGGUAUUGAUCCCAAUUGGAUCUCUAACAAUAAUGCGCACAAUAAUUUAACAAAACAAGGGAUUAGCAAGAACAUCGCAAUGAAUAAUAAUUUACCCAUGCACAAUAAUACUUUAAACUUAAAUAAUAUACAGGGUGCGACAAAUAAUAAACCUUUCAUCACAAAUAAUUUGAUCAAUGGUGGCAAUAGUUCUAGUAAUUUUCCAUUAGAACACAAGAAAGAUACAGGAACAGCAAUUACAACUCAAGUAGUAUUACGAAAUAAUCAAAAUGCUCCAAAAAUUAACACAUCUCAGAAUAAUUUUAACACACAAUUGAAUCAGGUAAAUGAUAUAAGUGAAGAAAAUCGAAAGGAAGAAAAUAAAAAUGAAGUACCAAAUUGGCUCAACCAAUUUAGCUCAUUAGCAGCAUAUCUUGUCAAAAAAUAG